AUGCUCAAAGAAGGAUACAAACUGACAAAUGGCGGCUUCUACUACGUUCCCGGACCUGACUGCGAUCGGCUCAUGAUCCCUACUAAGUACCUAAAUGAGUUGAAGAAUGCUCCGGAUGAUCAGGCAGAUUUCUUAGGAAGCUUCAGUGAGAUGUUCGAAGGUGAAUACACAACGAUCGGAAAACGCUGGGAUCUCCAUCCCCGAAUCGUAAAGCAGCAGCUAAAUCCAAGUCUGCCGGUCGUAUUGCCACCUGUCGAGGAAGAAAUCGCGAUCGCCGCUGCGCGAGUCAUUCCACUAUGCGAAGACUGGACGCCGGUUCCAGUCGUAUCUACGGUGACUCAGAUCAUCGCUCAAGCUUCUGGUCGAAUGAUUGGAGGAACUCAACUCUCUCGCAAUAUGGAAUGGCUCGAGACCAGCCUCUCAUUCACUCACGCUACGUGGCUUGCAGCGCAACGACUAAAACAGUAUCCGUUCUGGACCAGACCGAUUGUACAGUGGCUCAUUCCUGAGAUGAAAGCCGUGCGACACCACAUAGCAGUGGCACGGAAAUUUAUCAAACCCAUCCUCGCGGAACGUGAACAGCUAUCGGCUAGCGCAAAGAAACCGACCGACCUCAUACAGAUGUUGCACAACGGAGCGCGUGGCGCCGAUCGAGACAGUAACUUCCUAGCUUACACUGGCUUGGUCGUAUCAUUCGCCGCAAUCCACACGAGCGCCAGUGUCCCAGCGCACCUGAUCUUCGAUUUAUGCUCCCGACCUGAAUACAUCGAGCCGUUGAGGAACGAGCUCAAAGAAGUCCUCGCUGCCGACGGAUCUUUCACAAAGGCGAGCCUGGCAAAACUCGUGAAGAUGGAUAGCUUUAUGAAAGAAUCUCAGCGGUUCAAUCCACUAGUGUUUAUGACAUUCGGGCGUGUUAUACGUAAGGACCUCACGCUUCACGAUGGUAUUACGAUUCCUGGGGGGACCAUUAUUGGCGUGCCAUCUCACGCGAUUGCCAAUGAUCCAAGCUUUUGCAAAGACCCGGAAGUCUUUGACGGAUUCCGGUGGAUAAUGCCAGGUGUAAGGGAGCCCGAAGUGCCCGCACCUCCCAGCUUCGUGACUACAAAUCCGUCCAAUCUUGCUUGGGGAUACGGAAAACAUGCUUGCUCAGGGCGGUUCUUCGCCAGCUUCGAGAUUAAAAUGGUGAUGGCACAUAUCCUUCUGAACUAUGAUCUCAAAUUUGAGAAGCGAAGAGUUGAACGGCCGGCUAACAUAGCGUUCGAGCUGCAGAACGCUCCGGAUCCAUCGAUCAAGGUUUUGUUCAAGCGCAGAGCAUAG